AUGUCAAACAAAGAUAAAACUAUCGUCGUAUUUACAGCUACUGGAGCUCAAGGCGGUUCAGUUGUUGAAGAGUUACUCAAAGGUGGAUAUAAAGUAAUUGGGCUGACUAGAAACGUGGAAGGUCAAGGUGCCAAAGGCCUGAAGAGCAAAGGUGUCGAAGUCGCUACGGCUGAUCUAAAAGACGUCGACACAUACAAAGACAGCCUUAAAGGUGCCCAUGGUGCUUUCGUCAAUGCUGACUUCUGGACAAUCUUCAAAGCUCUCAAUUACGAUGUGGCUGCUACCGCGAAAGAGGAAUUCAGACAAGCUACAGAAGCUAUGAAAGCUUGUAAAGAUGCUGGUAUCAAGCAUGUCGUAUACUCAACCCUGGAUGAUAAGACAGAAGCAGCUCACUGGCAAUCCAAGUCUGAUGCAUCCGAUUGGGCGUAUAAAAACAAUAUCCCAAUUACCAACCUUUACAUGACUGCGUACUGGGAGAACAUCUCAAAUUUCAAAAUGAUCCAAGGACCUAAAGAUGAUGGAACCUACACUUUCGGUUUACCUAUGCCUGACAAUACCAAACAUGCAGGAGUCCCCGUUUCUCAAACUGGUUUAUGGGUAAAAACAGCUUUCGACAAUCCCGAUAAAUGGAUCAGUAAAGACAUGUAUGCGGUUACCGGUGAUCCCACAAUCGCAGAAAUGGCAGCUACGCUUUCUGAAAUCAGCGGAAAGAAAGUCGAACCUCUCCACAUGACUAAAAAAGCAUUCAACUCCGAGGAGACCAAGAAACAACUAGGCGAGGAGAUGUGGGACAAUUGGAAUCUAUUCGUUGAGAAUCGAAUCACUCGAGACCCAAAAGCUUCGAUGGAGAACGCUCCUGGCGCCAUGGACUUCAAGGCUUGGGCUAAACAGGAUAAGGGCGUAAAAGAGGCUUUGGGCUUCUAA